GGCCAGGUCUAGCGACCGUCUGCGCAUCAACGACGAGAAAAUCCGGAAUGAGGAGAUCAUUAACCCAGGACGUCGAGUACCUCGUGGGUAGCUUUCUGAAGCCCCUGCUUGACAAUGAUGCCCAGGCAAACUCAAUCAUCAUGUCGGGCCUGCUCUCGCUCUUCGAAAUGAGCAUCAACCUUGGCAUCCAAGUUCUGGAGGACGACACCAUUGAACAUAUCAGCAAGUGCGAAUUUGAUCCGCUGUACCUUGUGAUGGUUUGCAGCAGAAUGCUAUGAGGAGACCAAAGACGGACCUAGAGUGCCACCUGCGAGCUCUCUUGGUCAGUUCGUUAGGUCGAAGCUGGUUGAAGCGGUGCCGUUCCUCGCAGAGGGCACUGCAGCCAAGUACCGUAGAGCGGGAAUCGGUCU